CCAUAAAAGUCACGCUACUUCUGUUCCGAGUCCUCGCGCCUCAGGGCGCGUGCGUUCAGUUAGUUUCCUGCACGAGUCAGUCAAGAGCGCGAGACACAGAGAUAAGCUUUAUACUUAAAGGCCAAACGAACUGACGGACACAUGCAGGAGCAGCAUGGGAAGGUCAUACCUGGCUGUCAGGAUGAGAAUAAGAAGGCAUAAAGUCUUUCUGCUGUGCUUACUGGGGAUUUGUGUCAUUUCCUUCCUUCAUUACUACAAAGCCCUGCACAAUAUUCUACUGCUGCAGGAGCUCUCCGCUCCUUCCACCCAUCUGAAGUCUUUGAAGAUCUUGAUCAAUGAUAUCUUCUGGAAUUUUCCGACUGCUGACUUCCACCCCCAGCAAAACUCGCACAAACACAGCCACCUGAAGGUCAGUGUUGACUUAGAUGUGAUCCUGCCAGAUCCUUCAGAUAGGAAAAUUCAUGAACGUACUUUUGUACUCCGUGAUGAUCCCUCAGUCUUUUUCAUCCACACCAAAUCUGGAGCAGUGUGCUUCGGAGAGGGGACAGAUAUGACUGCCUCUGCAUCUCACCGCAGGUUACUGCAACAUCACAGAGAAAUCAGCCCCAAAGAUAAAGCAAUCAACGCAGACAAGAAGGUGGUUCAGUGUCCCUGCCGGCAGGGUUGGCACGGCCCUCACUGUGGCAUCCCUACCAUUGUGUAUCAUUCCAAUCUCCCGUUCAAGUCAAAAGUAACACCCAGAAAAGUUCCACGUCGGGUCAUCAAUGCCAUCAACAUCAACCACGAGUUUGACCUACUACACGCUCGAUUCCACGAACUUGGAGAUGUCGUGGAUGUGUUUUUGGUCUGCGAAUCCAAUUUCACUGCAUACGGUGAAUCAAGAGCUCUUUUAUUCCGGGAGCAGAUCGUAAAUGGAACGUUUGACUACAUAAAGCACAAAAUCCUGUACAUAUUCCUGGACCAUUUUCCUGAUGGCGGUCGUGCAGACGGCUGGAUCGUGGAUGAUUACCUCCGCACGUAUUUAACCAAAAACGGAAUGUCGAGGCUUGAGGGCCUCAAAGCAGAUGAUGUUUUUCUCAUCAAUGAUGCGGAUGAAAUUCCUGCUCGAGAUGGAAUUCUUUUCCUCAAGCUCUACGACGGCUGGAGGGAACCGGUCGGGAUCCACAUGCGCAAAUCCCUAUACGGAUUCUACUGGAGGCAGUUCGGAACGCUGAAUGUUUUAUCUGCUUGCACGGCAGCUAUGCUCUUUAAGGUUUACAAGGGUGAUGGCAUUUAUCUCCGGCGCCGGUCCUAUUAUUCCAUGUCGGGAUUCCGGGAAUACGAGAACUCCACGGGACGCAUUCUGAUGCCAUGGGCCAUAGGAAGUCCAGUUCACUAUGCUGGGUGGCACUGUUCUUGGUGUUUUAAACCAGAAGGAAUUUAUUAUAAACUCAUAUCGGCCCAAAAUGGAGACUUCCCACGUUGGGGCGAUUACAGCGAGAAACGGAAGAUGAGUUAUAUUAAAAAGUUAAUACAGACAGGGGGUUGGUUUGAUGGAUCUGCUCCAAAAUACCCACCCUCAAACCCCAAAGAGCAUAUGUAUGCUCCCAAAUUCCUACUGGACAAUUAUGAAAAAUAUCGCCAUUUGCUUGAGAACCCAUAUGCAACAGAGAAAUGAAGACAUUAAGAGAAAUGGGUCAGUUUAAAAUGGGCAGCUUAAUAACUGUAAGUGAGAAGUGAAACUGAAUGAUAGUUAGGAGUUUCACAGCCUUUUGUGGUCCGUGAUUCAGUUUUUAAGUUUCACAGUUGAUAUGAAUUCCCACCACAUCACAGACAGACCAUAACAACAUAAUAGAAUACCAACAUGUUUUACUAUUUAAUCAGAUUUGUUGCUUUAGAUUCUCUAUCAAGAACUAUAGCAAGUGAUUUAUAAAAUUGUUUUUAUGGUUUAAAAACAGUUACAAUUAAUGAGAUUAUUCUCCAUACACACCAUCUGGUGACACCAAGGUGCCUAUACCCAACGUGGUUUUACUCAUGUUUCUACGAAAAGAUCUCCAAACGUAAUCAUAGUAAUGUAUGAAAAUAUUUGCACUUAAAUGGACUUGAUUUGAUAUGUUUAUAUAUUGAAAUGUUUACUCCAUAUGAAUGAUAUGCACUAUAUUGGCUAAAACUGCUAUGAUGGUCGGUGCCGAUAGCCUCAUGGGCAGCGACAUAUAGCGCCGUUGCGCUGCGGGCGUCCCGAGUUCGAAUCCCAGCUCAUAGACCUGUACCGAUCCCAACCCCCUCUCUCUCUCCCACUUCGCUUUCUGUCGUCACACUGUCCUAUCUAAUAUAAAGGCAAGAUCGUCAAAAAGCAUAUUUUGUAAAAAAAUAAAAAAAUAAUAAUAAUAAAAAAAAUAAAAACCUAAUGGUUUCUGUAUUUCUAAAGGAGAUCUGCAGAGAGUAUUACAGUCAUAUUGGGAUUAAUGCAUUAUUUGCAUUAAAGUGUUAAUAUAAAAAUGAAAAUUUGCUCGUGCAAAGAUCUUAAAAGUUUCAAAGGUCUGAUACGUUGACUAAAACAACAAAAAACUAUGUGCAUAGAUUACCGUUGCAUCAUAUAGUGGUAAUGCUAUCUUACAAGUGUAUAUUUUUUAUCUACACUGGAAGAAUAUAUAUUUUAAAUGUCUAUUUCACCUUAUUUCCCAGUAAAAAUAAACAAGAUAAAUAAUAUAAAAAAAUACAAAAAUAAUAUAAUGAUAUACUAAACAGUAUGUUAAGACUUAUUUUCAGAGAAUAUACCUUAAAUCUUUUAUUAUAUUAUUAUUAUUAUUAUUUACCUUGCUGGCAAAUAGUUUUUUCUCAUUUUAUAGUUUGUUAGAUUUAUGCUUAAAACAAAUUAAAAACAAAAAAAAACAAAAAAAAAACUUAAAGAAAUUUUGUGAAAACAGGUGUUAUCUUUCAACACAGGGCUGCACGAUAAAUCGAAAUGGAAUUGAGAUCGCGAUUCGACAGAAGCUGCGAUUGUCAUGCGUAUUUUUGAGUAGAGCACGGUUCUGUGAUCAGUAGUAAAUCUCCAUCCAAAGGCCAGAGGGAGCACUCGAAUUGAAAAUCCAAAUACGCCUGGCAGAAGAAACUAGGAAAUGCCUAUAGUGGUAGCUGGAUAAACAGAAGAUUUAAAGGGUUCAUAUGAUGCUGCUAAAAAGAAUAUUAUUUUGUGUAUUUGGUGUAAUGAAAUGUGUUUAUGCGGUUUAAGGUUUAAAAAAAACAUUAUUUUCCACAUACUG